GCUUCGCGCGUGCGUAGGCGGCGGCCGUCGUUGGCGCGCGCACUGCGUGAAGUGAAGCGAGUCCGGGUGGUUGCGGACCCACGGACUCACAGGUUGAACGGCCCCUUCGGCUGUCGGCAGCCAGGCGGCCCGAGAUGUUGUCCGGGAAGAAGGCGGCGGCUGCAGCGGCCGCGGCCGCGGCGGCCGCAGCGGCGGCAGCUGGCUCGGAGGCCGGCGCCGGGGCCGCGGCGGGCUCGGAGAACGGCUCAGAGGUGGCCGCGCCGCCGGGGGGCCCGUCUGGCCCUGCAGAGGCCGGGCCGGGAGCGGCCGGGGAGCGCACUCCCCGCAAGAAGGAGCCUCCGCGGGCCUCGCCGCCCGGGGGCCUCGCCGAGCCGCCAGGAUCCGCCGCACCUCAGGCCGGGCCUACCGUCGUGCCUGGAUCUGCGACCCCCAUGGAAACGGGAAUCGCAGAGACUCCGGAGGGGCGACGGACCAGCCGGCGCAAGCGGGCGAAGGUAGAGUACAGAGAGAUGGACGAAAGCUUGGCCAACCUCUCAGAAGACGAGUAUUACUCAGAGGAAGAGAGAAACGCCAAAGCAGAGAAGGAGAAGAAGCUUCCCCCACCCCCUCCGCAAGCCCCACCUGAGGAAGAAAACGAAAGCGAGCCCGAAGAGCCGUCUGGGCAAGCAGGAGGACUUCAAGACGACAGUUCUGGAGGGUAUGGAGACGGCCAAGCAUCAGGUGUGGAGGGCGCAGCGUUCCAGAGCCGACUUCCCCACGACCGGAUGACCUCUCAGGAGGCCGCCUGUUUCCCCGACAUCAUCAGCGGGCCACAGCAGACCCAGAAGGUCUUUCUGUUUAUUAGGAACCGCACCUUGCAGUUGUGGCUGGAUAAUCCAAAGAUACAGCUGACUUUUGAGGCUACUCUGCAACAGCUGGAAGCACCGUACAACAGUGACACUGUGCUCGUCCACCGAGUGCACAGUUACCUGGAGCGCCACGGGCUCAUCAACUUCGGCAUCUACAAGAGGAUCAAGCCCCUACCGACUAAAAAGACAGGAAAGGUCAUUAUCAUAGGCUCUGGAGUCUCAGGCUUGGCAGCGGCUCGUCAGUUACAGAGUUUUGGGAUGGACGUCACGCUUCUGGAAGCUCGGGAUCGUGUAGGUGGACGAGUUGCCACAUUUCGCAAAGGAAACUAUGUAGCUGAUCUUGGAGCCAUGGUAGUAACAGGUCUUGGAGGGAACCCCAUGGCCGUCGUCAGCAAACAGGUGAACAUGGAGCUGGCCAAGAUCAAGCAGAAAUGCCCACUUUAUGAAGCCAACGGACAGGCUGUUCCUAAAGAGAAAGAUGAAAUGGUAGAGCAAGAGUUUAACCGACUGCUAGAAGCUACAUCGUACCUUAGUCACCAGCUAGACUUCAAUGUCCUCAAUAACAAGCCCGUGUCCCUCGGCCAGGCGCUGGAAGUGGUCAUUCAGUUACAAGAAAAGCACGUCAAAGAUGAGCAGAUUGAACAUUGGAAGAAGAUAGUAAAAACUCAGGAGGAAUUGAAAGAGCUUCUUAAUAAGAUGGUAAAUUUGAAAGAGAAAAUUAAAGAACUCCAUCAGCAAUACAAAGAAGCGUCUGAAGUCAAGCCACCCAGAGAUAUCACUGCCGAGUUCUUAGUGAAAAGCAAACACAGGGAUCUGACCGCCCUGUGCAAGGAAUAUGAUGAGUUAGCUGAAACACAAGGAAAGCUAGAAGAAAAACUUCAGGAACUGGAAGCCAAUCCCCCGAGUGACGUGUAUCUUUCGUCGAGAGACCGACAAAUACUUGAUUGGCAUUUUGCAAAUCUUGAGUUUGCUAAUGCCACACCUCUGUCUACACUCUCCCUUAAACAUUGGGAUCAGGAUGAUGACUUUGAGUUUACUGGCAGCCACCUGACGGUGAGGAAUGGCUACUCCUGCGUGCCUGUGGCCUUAGCAGAAGGCCUGGACAUCAAAUUGAACACAGCAGUGCGGCAGGUUCGCUACACGGCGUCAGGGUGUGAAGUGAUAGCCGUGAACACGCGCUCCACCAGCCAGACGUUCAUCUACAAAUGCGACGCGGUUCUCUGCACGCUCCCCCUGGGUGUGCUGAAGCAGCAGCCGCCGGCCGUUCAGUUCGUGCCGCCUCUCCCCGAGUGGAAAACGUCCGCGGUCCAGAGGAUGGGAUUCGGCAACCUCAACAAGGUGGUGCUGUGUUUUGACCGGGUGUUCUGGGACCCAAGUGUCAACCUGUUCGGGCACGUCGGCAGCACGACCGCCAGCAGGGGCGAGCUCUUCCUCUUCUGGAACCUCUACAAAGCUCCAAUACUGUUGGCCCUGGUGGCAGGAGAAGCUGCUGGCAUCAUGGAAAACAUAAGUGAUGAUGUGAUCGUGGGCCGAUGCCUGGCCAUCCUCAAAGGGAUCUUCGGCAGCAGCGCAGUGCCCCAGCCCAAGGAGACGGUGGUGUCUCGCUGGCGUGCUGACCCCUGGGCCCGGGGCUCCUACUCUUAUGUGGCCGCAGGAUCGUCUGGAAAUGACUAUGAUUUAAUGGCUCAGCCGAUCACUCCCGGCCCCUCCAUUCCCGGCGCCCCACAGCCAAUUCCAAGACUCUUCUUUGCUGGAGAACAUACAAUCCGUAACUACCCGGCCACAGUCCACGGCGCUCUGCUGAGCGGGCUUCGGGAAGCAGGAAGGAUCGCAGACCAGUUCCUGGGGGCCAUGUACACGCUGCCCCGCCAGGCCACCCCCGGGGUCCCCGCGCAGCAGUCACCGAGCAUCUGAGACCGGUAGAUCGACCAAGAAGUUGUCGACGUGUGUGUCCUUGGCCGUGUAAGCAAGGUUCUCUUAGCAAUACUAGGUUCCUGGAAAACCCGCCCUGGCCCGGCCCCGGGCUCCCGAGCAGCCAUGAAGUCCAUGCGGCCGGGCAGAGGUCUCUCUGCCGGUGGCGGCGGAGGCUGCCUGCCUUGAGUGAUGCGGCGCCAGAGGGGGCAGCGCUCCCCCGUCCGUGGCCGUGUGUGUGCUCUGUAUAGACUGAGGACGAGCACUAUGAGAGGACACCCUAGUCUCUUGGUGUGUGAUAGUUUUUUUAAGAAAUAUUUUGAGAAUAAACUUCAUAUAAAA